AUGGGCCAUAGAGGAUUCAUCCAACCAACUGGUCCCUCGAAAUCUCAACAAGCUCGCAAGGAAAAUACUUACUCUCGGGCACCGAAUCCGUCUGCACGAAAUUAUUUUGAAGAGAUGGCUCCAGUCAAUGGAAUAAGAGAACUGUCCGAGGAACAGUUGGCAGAGGCUCAAGAACUACGUAAUAAAUUUCGGGAUGAGGUAUCGAAGAAGAUGGGCGAACUUCUUCUUCGAGGGGUUACGAUGCUCGAUGCAUAUUGUCAGACCUGCAGCGGUAUUUUAAUGGAAGACCGUAGUGGAGUGCGCACAUGUGUCACCUGUGAACUAUUUGCUGAACGCACGUUCACUGGGUGGUUUUUGAUUGAUUUAUGGCUCAAUGGCUUGGACACGGCGUUCUAG